UCGAAAAGAAUAACGUCUAAUACAUUAGAUAAGUGGCAACACGUAUGAAAAAUGUACAAAGUUCAAACACUUAUCGACAAAAUCGUGCUAUGGCUUAAGGGCACAAUUUCGCAAGGAUGCACGCCCAUUCUGAACCGUAUUACAUAUCUACGUUAUACAUUAUCAGAGUGAAUGUGGCCCUGAAAAUGACGUGCACUUUUGUGAUGCGAUCAUCAUCUAUGCUUUGAUGUUAUAUUUUUAGUAUUAUGAUAAAUGCUAGCUUUGGAUAAGAAAUGACGUACAAACGUGUGCCGUAUUUUACCGAAGUUGUCCACAGCUGAACGUUUCAGUUGCAACUGAACCUUAAGCUUAAAAUGUUACGUCUUAGUACUGCGUGUCGUGCUUCCGAUCACUGGAAUGUAGUAAAAAGGUUAGUGCAAAACUCAAUAGCAGGAAGUACGAGUUUCCAUGUAAGAGCUGCUUCAUCUUUUUCGGAUGCACAACGUCCAAAUCGAUCAUUUCUGAUGAAUCUUUUUGGUGGAAAACUUCAAACGAUCGAACUGUUUCCUUAUCCGGAACCGCUCGACGAAGAGCAGAAAGAUUACGCCAGAGCACUGGUCGAUCCUGUGCACAAGUUUUUUAAGGAAGUGAAUGAUGCCACACGUAACGAUGACACGAGCAAUGUCGACAGCCGAACGAUCGAUGCUUUGUGGGAUCUUGGAUUACUUUCCGUGUACGUACCACCGGAACUCGGUGGGUUAGGUUUGUGCAAUGUGCAAUCGGUACUGAUGGCCGAAAUAAGUGGAAGUUACGAUCUCGCUCUGAGUUUACUGAUCGGCGCCCACAAAAGUAUCGGAACGAAAGGAAUUCUUUUGUACGGAAGCGAUCAACAGAAGCAAAAGUAUCUUCCAAUGUUGAGCAGUGGGCGUGUAUUCGGUGCAUUCGCUCUAACAGAACCCGGAACUGGAUCGGAUGCAGCUUCCAUAAAAACGAAAGCCGUACUGAGCCCUUGCGGUAAAUUUUACAUCAUGAACGGAUCGAAGCUAUGGAUAUCGGGUGGAGGAUUUGCCGAUAUUUUCACCACCUUUGCACAGGUUGAAGUGACCGAUGAACAAACGGGGGAAAAACAUAACAAAAUGACCGCAUUUAUUGUUGAGCGCAGCUUCGGUGGUGUCAGUACGGGUCCUCUCGAAGACAAAAUGGGUCUGAAGUGUUCCGUCACGAAUGAACUAUUUCUCGACGAUGUUAGAGUACCCGUAGAGAACGUGUUGGGUGAGCUUGGCAGUGGGUUUAAGAUUGCUGUAAACAUACUAAACUCGGGACGCUACGGAUUGGGCGCGAUGCUCUCGGGUACCAUGAAAGCUUGUAUUGAAAAGGCGGCAAAUCAUGUAAGUGACAGAAUUCAGUUCAAGCGGAAGUUGAUCGAGUUUGAAAACGUACAGGAAAAGCUCGGCACGAUGGCUACCUAUCACUAUGUGGCGCAAAGUCUUACGUACAUGGUAUCCGGGAAUAUGGACAAAGGUUCGGUGGAUUUUCAUCUAGAGGCGGCCGUUAGUAAGGUGUUCUGUACCGAGGCGGCUUGGUAUGUGUGUGACGAAGCUAUCCAGCUGCUGGGCGGAAAUGGAUUCAUGAAAUCGGGUGGCCUGGAACGGUUUCUGCGAGAUAUUCGUGUGUUUAGAAUAUUCGAGGGAGCAAACGAUGUUUUGCGGAUGUUUAUCGCUUUGACGGGUAUUCAAAGGGUGGGAAAUGAUCUCCAAAAGCUGCAGAAAGCGCUAAAGAAUCCGCUUGGAAAUAUGGGAAUGAUCUUGGCGGAAGGAACUAAGCGAGCAGGACAUAGCGUUGGAGUUGGUGGCAUGGAUUUACGUCCGUUCGUUGCUAGAGAACUUCAAACUGCAGCUCAGCAGUGUUCUGAGAGCAUUAAUACAUUUAGCAACACUGUUGAAUCUCUUCUCCGAAUCCAUGGCAAGGAAAUUACCGAACGACAGUUCCAACUCGCACGGGUGGCUGAUUGUGCAAUCGAUAUCUACUCAAUGGCUACAGUACUGUCCAGGGCUACACGCGCCAUAAAGCUAAAUCUUCCAUCAGCUCAACAAGAACUACUGAUGACACAGAUUUGGUGCAAGGAGGCAAGUGAUCGUGUCCAGCGCAACAUAAAUCGUAUCCAGUCCGUCUCUUUUAAAGAGAACUAUCAACGAAUGGCGAUCGUAGCUAAACACAUUUCAAACCAACGAGGAAUAGCGUUUACAAAUCCAAUGGAAAUAGAUUAAAGAAAGAAAGCAAACGUUUUAAAUUUAAGUUAGUAAGUAAAACAAAUGAAUUCUUAUAGCAAUUUA